AAGCCAGCCGGAGAGGCGUUCGGCUCCAGAACCAAUCCUCUUCAUCGCCCUUUUGUCCCACAUGGUGCCACCAUUAUUUCUUCCGUGGGAAAGUUCAGCACACGCAAUCCUCUUGGGCAAAAUCCAGCAGAUUCAGAGACCAUCGAUUACAGACAGGCAGAAGCGCGGCCAAAAGGAUUCUGAUACCCAUCCCCAGAUAUAAUACUACUGCUCAGGAGGACCACAGUCCAAACGAAGUUCUCUCUCUGUCUCAGACAGACGCGCAGAGUCACUACCCAUCCGAGCAUUACACUUUGCCUGCUUCUUCCCUUGGUGGGGAGGAGCAGAAGUUCAUCAAUCUCUGCCAUUACUACCACCAUUAGCAGAAUCAGGAGCGAAGAGGGAGGCCCGUCGAGAGAGUAUUAAAUCGGUGGUGAAGAUGGAGAGGGUGAGGCCCAAGAGGCCGUAUAGCAGCAGCAGCAACAGCAGCAGUAGCAGCACCUAUUCUCAUUACUAUGAUCGGCCGAAACGGCCGUAUGGCAGUGGGGGAGGCGGAGGGCACCACAACCGGCACCGGCACUCGACUUACCAGCCGUUGACGGCGGACCCGAACCAACCAAUCAAUACGUGCUUCCGCAUCCUCUGCCCGGAGGUCAAGACCGCCGGGGUCAUCGGCAAGGGCGGAAGCAUCAUCAAGUCGCUGCGCCAGGAGACGGGGGCGUGGAUAAACGUCCAGCAACUUGUUCCUGGCGACGAUGAGCGGGUCAUUGAGAUCACCGACGUACGCAGCCGCGAGCCUGACGGUAGCAUAUCGCCUUAUUCGCCUGCCCAGGAGGCCCUGCGCAUGAUCCACGACAGGAUCCUCAACUGGGAUGACGACCUGGCGGCGCCUUCGGCUGGGGGGCCUCCCGGCGGCAACCGCAUCGCAACUCGCCUCGUCGUCCCCCGUAGCCAUGUCGGCUGUCUUCUGGGUAAGGGAGGAAAGAUCAUUGAGCAGAUGCGUCAGGAGACAAAUUCCCAUAUUCGCAUCCUCCCUAGGGAUCAUCACCUUCCUCGAUGCGUCUCUCAGUCCGACGAGCUUGUGCAGGUGGUGGGCGAUGCCACUGCUGUGAAGAAGGCCCUGGAAAACAUUUCUUCACGAUUGAAAGAGAACCCAUUGCGUGAUCGUGGUGCAUUUCAUGGUAAAUUGCAUUCAUCUGAUCCACAAGUUUUUCCUGAUGAUGAUCUCGGACCGUAUAUCAACUCUGGUUCAGCACGAGGACACUUUGAUGGUUCUGGAACAAGGAACUCUGGAUAUGCCUUGCGGCCAUCUGGAUAUGGAAAAUAUGAUUCAGAUGCCAAUCAUAUUGCUGACAAUAUGGAACCAUUUUCCAGCGAAGAGAUAGUGUUCCAGAUACUAUGCCCAUGUGACAGAGUUGAUAGACUUGUUGAUGAGGAUCGUGGUAUACUUGCUUUGCUUCGUGAUGAGGUUGGUGUCAAUGUGAAGGUUGCUGAUGCUGUACCAGGAUGUCAUGAGCAGACAAUUAUCAUUACUUCAGACGAGGAUCAAGAUGACAUCCUCUUUCCAGCUCAGGAAGCUUUGCUCCAUAUACAAACCCAUCUCGUAGAUCUUGCUCACGACAAAGAAAAUAUUGUGAAGACAAGACUGCUUGUUCCGUCUAUUGAAAUUGACUACUUAGGUGAGAGGGAUCUCUUCCUUACAGAGAUCUCUAGGUCAAGUAAUGCAGAGAUGCAUGUUUUACCAAGAGAGCAGCAUCCAUUAUGCACUUCAAGUUCUGAUGAGCUUGUUGAGAUUGUGGGUGAGAUAAGGGCAGCCCGACAAGCUCUUCUUCAGUUGACUGACAGACUGCGAGGUUAUUUCUUUGCUGAGAACUCCUUGUCAAGGGAGUCUCUAUCUAUACCUGUAGACAGCAGUAUUGGUAAUGUGGGUACAGUUGAGCCCAUUCCCCCCAUUAGGAAUACAUUGCCUAAAGGUUGUGAAGAAGACGGUCCUCCUUUAAUAUCCGUUCAGAGCUUGCAGCCUGGUGCAGUACCAAGGCCAACAAAGCAGGAUGUGCUACUCACUAGCCUAACGGAAGGCGAUGGCAGUAGAGCACCGGCUAUGGAAGAAAGUAGUGCUCGUGAUGGGGUGCCAAAUGCACCUGAAAGGUUCCCAGCAGCAAUUGUGACUAAAACAACUGUCGAAGUUGCCAUAUCUGAACAUGCAACAGCUGCCCUAACAAGAUCGAAAAACAAGCUUAUGCAAAUAAGCGAGAUAUCAGGGGCAAAAGUUGAGCUUGUGGAGAACAUGAUAAAAAUAUCUGGUAGUCCAGAACAGGCUGAGAAAGCACAAAACCUAUUGCAAGGUUUUAUCUUGAGCAUUGAGCUAGAUGAUGCACCAAAUGGGCCUUAAUUGCUGAGUUUGCGGAAUCCUUCUGCUGCUUUUGUUGUAAAUGCAUUCUAAGCAACAUCCUUGGAAAGGCUGAUGAAAAGAUUUUGAUAGCCAUGUGCUGUAUAUAUGUGAAACUCGAUAUCGACUGCCCUUUUGUGUUCUUAUUGUUCCAUGAAAUUGUGUGUGUGUGAGAGAGGUUUGCAGUGAUGCUUGGAGGACGAGGGGCUUAAAACACUUGGCUCAAUGAAUUCCAGAAAAGGCAUGCCAAGCUGUAGCCGGAAGGACAUGAAAGGCAACUUGAGAUAAGACCUAAAAAGUUAAGAAGCAUAUUCUGGUCGUGGGAAAGCAAAUCUGAGAGCUUUACAUUCACAAAAGCCACAGGUGAUGGCACUGUAACUCCAUCUACUAUGGUAUACAUAAACAAAUUCUCUUGGAUCAGACUGCUCUCUCUUGAAGAAGCAUAUUUACCUCACAGGUCCCAUAGUUACCUCAGAGGUCCCAUGCUUUGUGGAGCCUUUCUAGAUACAAGCACCAUUGUUGUAUGAAUCUCAGCUUGGAUUUUGAUUUGACUUAUAGAGCCUGUUUGGCAAAGGGAACAGUUUGUAACUGUUGCAUGAACA